AUGUCGGGGGUUAGAAUAAAAACCUUGAAAAAUACGCAUGAUUGUAACGAAGCAUUUGACAAUGGAAGGGUUGAUCAUCUUAUAAUAACAUAUUAUUUCAAGUCUAAAUUGCAAAAUGACCCAAAGUACAAGAUCAAGGAUAUGAGGGAUGAUUUAAAAGAAAGAUUUGAUGUUAAUGUUAGUCAUGGUAAGUGCAAGCGAGCUAAGCAAUUGAUUUUGGAAAAACUUGAAGGAAGCUUUACAGAUGAUUAUAAUAGACUUGAGGCUUAUGCAAAUGAGCUAAGGUCUAGUAAUCCAGGAAGUGAUGUGAUUAUAAAUAUAUCGAAGGAUGCACUUGCCAAUGGAAAACGAAGAUUCUUGAGGAUGUUCAUUUGCUUUCACGCACUUAAAAUGGGUUUUAAGGAUGGGUUAAGACCCUUUAUUGGCUUAGAUGGAACCUUUUUAAAAGGGAAAGCCAAGGACCAAUUGUUAACUGUUGUUGGUCAAGAUUGUCAGUCCCAUAGUUACCUUAUUGCUUGGGCAGUUGUUGACAAAGAAACAAAAAGAACAUGGAACUGGUUUUUAGGCCAUCUUAAAAGGUCAUUAGAUCUCAAGGAGGUGGGUGAAGGAAUAACCUUCAUUUCAGACAUGCAGAAGGGAUUACUUCAAGCAAUGAAAGAUGUGUAUCCUAAAUCACAUCACAGAGUUUGUGCGAAACAUGUUGAAGCAAACUGA